GGAAUUCGAGAAAGCCUUUGAUAUGGUCGCAGACAUGGAUGGAGAAAAGCGGAAAAGAAGUAUCUGCUCACGGCAAGAGCCAGCAGCUGCACUGAAGAUCUUGAAAGAUGGGAACAACAAGCGUGACGAAAUCCCUGAUAGAGUGACUCUGAAAAAAGAAAUAGGACUUUUAAGCGCCUGUACAAUAAUCAUAGGGAACAUAAUUGGUUCUGGAAUCUUCAUCUCUCCUAAGGGGGUUCUAGAGCACUCGGGUUCAGUGGGUCUAGCACUGAUUGUGUGGGUACUAGGGGGCUGCAUAGCUGCCCUGGGUUCCCUCUGCUAUGCUGAGCUGGGGGUCACCAUCCCCAAGUCAGGGGGGGACUACUCCUACGUCACAGAAAUUUUCGGAGGCCUUGUUGGGUUUCUCCUCCUGUGGAGUGCGGUGCUCAUCAUGUACCCCACGACCCUGGCUGUCAUCGCCCUCACCUUCUCUAACUAUGUCCUUCAGCCUGUAUUCCCCGACUGUGUCCCUCCCUACAUGGCCACACGCCUGCUGUCAACAGUCUGUCUCUUGUUCCUGACCUGGGUGAACUGCUCUAGUGUGCGUCUGGCCACCAGGAUCCAGGAUGUGUUCACGGUGGGGAAGCUGGCGGCCCUGGGUCUCAUCAUAGUGGUCGGCCUGGUGCAGAUCUGCAAGGGCAACUACGAGGGACUGACGCCUCAUGUGGCUUUUGAGUUCAGCAGGACUCCCUCAGUUGGGCAGAUCGCUCUGGCUUUCCUCCAGGCCUCUUUCGCCUUCAGUGGAUGGAACUUCCUGAACUAUGUCACAGAGGAAGUGGUUGAACCGCGAAGGAACCUACCUCGUGCCAUUUACAUCUCAAUUCCAUUGGUGACCUUUGUGUACACGCUCACCAACAUCGCCUACUUCUCCGCCAUGUCACCCGAGGAGCUGCUCUCUUCCAACGCUGUGGCCGUCACGUUUGGAGAGAAGCUCCUGGGGAUGUUCUCUGUCAUUAUGCCCAUCUCGGUAGCCUUGUCCACGUUCGGAGGCAUCAACGGCUACCUCUUCACCUCCUCAAGAUUGUGUUUCUCUGGGGCCAGAGAGGGACAUCUACCCAGCUUGCUGGCCAUGAUCCACUUUAAGAACUGCACCCCCAUCCCAGCUCUCCUCUGCUGUUGUACUGCCACCAUUGUAAUCCUGUGUAUAGGAGAGACACACAACCUGAUCAACUAUGUGUCCUUCAUCAACUACCUCUCCUAUGGAGUCACCAUCGCAGGCCUGCUCUACUACCGAUGGAAGAAGCCCAAACUUUACAGACCAAUUAAGGUAAACCUCCUUGUCCCUGUCACCUACCUGAUGUUCUGGGCCAUGUUGCUGGGCUUCAGUCUGUACUCUGAGCCAGUGGUGUGUGGUGUUGGGCUGGUCAUCAUGCUCACUGGUGUACCAGUCUAUUUCCUGGGGGUGCACUGGAAGUCCAAGCCAAAGUGUAUCUAUGACUUCAUAGAGUCAGCAACCUACGUGGCACAGAGGCUGUGUUUCGUGGUCUUCCCCCAGUUCGACCCCAUCGAGAUCAGUCCAAUCGAAGAAUGGCCUGACAAAUCUUCCAACAUUCUCUCUGGGAAGUCUUAAACUCUUUUUGCCUUCUGAAGUAUGUUUCUUUUUGUAUAUUCUGUCACUGUAUGAUGACAUGGUCCGUUCCUUUUAGUGGAGCCCCUUGUCUGGUCUUUGGUCACCUGAGACUCAUAUACAUUUCUUUACUGCUAAGUGGAAUUGCCUGCGUUUUGAUGCAUGGGCCACUUGCAAAUGUUUUUCUUCUCUUUUUCUACUAAGACGUCAAGUACAAGCUAAUGCCAACAGUAUCACGUUUUGAAACGGACUUCAUAUUCCCUAAGGAACUGUUUGUGCCUUUUCUGUAACUUUUCAACAUUGGCAGUAUUUUGGUUUUGACCUGAGAUUUACUGUGUAUCACUGUGCCUUAUAGGGAGAAAUGUGUUCCUUACAUGCUGACCGGACACGUCGCGUGCGCGAGCGUCGUAAAAUCAAUUUAGAAAUCAAUUUUAUUCAAUUAUUGCACCCACACUGCUCGCGCGCCCCAACGAGUGUCUGCGUUGCCAAGGGCUGUCUAAAAUAGAAGUCAUUCCUAUUUCUGACGCAGAUCGCGCUGAAAGUCCUGCCUCUGCCAUCUCCUCAUUGGUUAUACCCGCGUGGGUGAUUGAAAGACGAACUUUGUUGCCGGUUGUCAUGGUAAUACAAUGAAAGUUUAGAUGCGAUCACCAUAUAAGUUCAAAGAUGAGAAAGCCUGGAAGGAGGAGAGAUGACUAGAAACGAUUCGGUUGGCCGUUUUAUGUGUGGAUUAAUUAUUGGAGUAGAGGUCCUUGUGCAUUUCAGGUAAAAUAACAACUCAAUGUUUAUAUCCCAGGACAAAUUAGCUAGCAACAGCAAGCUAGCUAAAUAGGACAAAUUAACGUUAGCUAGCAAGUGCAAGCUAACUAGCUAAAUUGCCAUACAUGUUUAAUGCUUUUCGACCUGUCCCCAAAUUAAUAUAAUUGGUUCAGAGUUUGUUUUGAUAUUUUAACCUGCGUGUCGUGAUCGCGUUUGGUGUGGGGGGGCAAAAUAAAUGUAUGCACAAUGGCGCAGCCGGUUUGGGUUCCGUGUUAUUAAUUAAUAUUAUCUCUUAAUGUAUUUUGGAACGCUUAACGCUUUGUGUGUUCCUUACGAGAAUUUGAAAAAGCACUGGUCUUCCAUAUUCUGCUUCUUGCCAGUUGUUAAUUUGCUACAUAAAAUGGGUUCCUCGGAUUUGUGAACAUAUUCAGAACUAUCUGUGAACAUAGACUUCAGAGCCUUUGACUUGAUUCCUUUGGAAAUUAAUAUUUUUAGCCAGCAGCAGCAAACAAGAUAGAUUUGUUCUGAUUGUAUACUACUGAAUGAUAGAUAGGCUGUAGUUGAGGGUCACUGUGUUUUUACUUAGUAUAAUGCUUGCCAUUGCCUUUUACACUACUGAUUCUAUGUCAUAGUAUAAAUACACACAACUGUAAUGUUCACAGCUGACUAAAUGACCCAAACUCCAGUUUAUAUGUGGAAGUAAAACUCAUCACAAAAUGCUUGCUGCACUUUUCGAAUGUUUGUUUCUAAACUAAGAUUGUAAUAUCAAGUUAACUUAUUUUAUGUUUUAUUUCUACCACACUUAAAACUAAACAUCCUUACAUGUGCUGGGAAACUGACAAACAUACAAAAGGCAUUUGCUUUUCCAGGGGAGUACUGUACUGCCAUUGAAUUUCUCGGCCCCAAACAGAGUUCUUUAACAACUAUGUGUUCUUCAUUCAAUACAACAAACUUGUGAUUUGUUGUAUUUCUUUAUAAAUAGAUGUGAAUUGGCAUACCUUGAUUGUACUAAAUGGAUAGGUACAGUGGCAAGAAAAAGUAUGUGAACCCUUUGGAAUUACCUGUAGUUCUGCACAAAUUGGUCAUCAAAUUUGAUCUUAUCUUCAUCUAAGUCACAACAAUAGACACACACAGUCUGCUUAAACUAAUAAAACACAAACAAUUAUAUCAUGUCUUAAUUGAACACACUGUGUAAACAUUCACAGUCCAGGGUGGAAAAAGUUUGUGAACCCUUGGAUUUAAUAACUGGUUGACCCUCCUUUGGCAGUAAUAACCUCAACCAAACUUUUUCUGUAGUUGCGGAUCAGACCUGAACAACGGUCAGGAGGAAUAUUGGACCAUUCCUCUUUACAAAACUGUUUCAGUUCAGCAAUAUUCUUGGGAUGUCUGGUGUGAACCGUACUCUUGAGGUCAUGCCACAGCAUCUCAAUCGGGUUGAGGUCAGGACUCUCCAGAAGGCGUAUUUUCUUCUGUUGAAGCCAUUCUGUUGUUUAUUUACAUCUGUGUUUUGGGUGAAUGUCCUGUUGCAUCACCGAGCUUCAAUUGGCGGACAGAUAGCCUUACAUUUUCCUGCUAAAUGUCUUGAUAAACUUGGGAAUUCAUUUUUCCGUCGAUGAUAGCAAACUGUCCAAACCAUGAUUCUCCAUCCACCACUUUAUAGCUGGGAUGAGGUUUUCACGUUGGUGUGCUGUGCCUUAUUUUUCUCCUCACAUAGUGUUGUGUGUUCCUUCCAAACAACUCAACUUUAGUUUCAUCGGUCCACAGAAUAUUUUUUCCAGUAGCGCUGUGAAACAACCAGGUGCUCUUUUGCGAACUUCAGACGUGCAGCAAUGUUUUUUUUUUGUUGACAGCAAUGGCUUCUUCCGUGGUGUCCUCCCAUGAGCACCAUUCUUGUUUAGUGUUUAGAGUCACUCUACGAUUCUUAUUAACCUCAUUGAGUAUUCUGCUCUGUGCUCUUGCAGUCAUCUUUGCAGGACUGCCACUCCUAGGGAGAGUAGCAACAGUGCUGAACUUUCUCCAUUUAUAUACAAUUUGUCUUACCAUGGACAUCAAGGCUUUUAGAGAUACUUGUGUAAACCUUUCCAGCUGUAAGUCAACAAUUCAUAAUCUUAGGUCUUCUGAGAUCUCAUUUGUUCAAGACAUGGUUCACAUCAGGCAAUGCUUCUUGUGAAUAGCAAACUCAAAUUUUGUGAGUGUUUUUUAUAGGGCAGGGCAGCUCUAAACAAUAUCUCCAAUCUCGUCUCAUUGAUUGGACUCCAGGUUAGCUGACUCCUGACUCAGGAGUCAGCUCGGGGGUUCACAUACUUUUUCUAACUUACACUGUGAAUGUUUAAAUAAUGUAUUCAAUAUAGAAAAUAAAAAUACAAUAA